AUGAGUCAUAAAUGGGUUUUGGUUUUCCUGUUCUCCUCAGCAUGUGGUACAGAAGUAUAUAUUCCUCAUCGCUAUCACUUUGUGAAUGAGAAUAAAACCUGGAGUGAAGCUCAGACUUACUGCAGACAGAAAUACACUGAUCUCGCCUCCAUCAACAACAUGGAAGAGAUGAUGAAGCUGAAUAACACACUGAAGAUGGAAACUGUAAACCAAGCUUGGAUCGGUCUACAGAGAGGAGACACUGGGAGAUGGCAGUGGUCUCUGGCAGACCAAACUUUCUACAGAGAUGGAGACACUUACAGACACUGGAGUAGUGGUCAACCAGACAACCAAGGGAACGAUGAGUACUGUGUUGAGAUGAAGAAGGAUGGGUCAUGGCAUGAUGACAAGUGUAACAAACCACAAAAUUUUGUGUGUUAUCAAGCAACCAAUAGUAGAUACACAUUGAUUAAUCAGACGAAGACCUGGCGUGAAGCUCAGACCUACUGCAGAAAGAACCACAGCGACCUGGUCAGUGUGAGGAACCAAACUGAGAACGAGAACAUCAAGAAUGUAAGAGAGAAUUCCCUUGAUGAAUAUGUUUGGAUUGGUCUGUUUAAUGACUCCUGGAAGUGGUCAGAUCAGAGUAAUUCCUCAUUCAGAUACUGGAGCUCUAACAAACCCAGUGGAGUUUUGAACUGUGCUGCAGUCAACGUGUCUGAUCAACUCUACUGGAGUGACGUGGACUGUACAGAAAACCUCCCGUUCAUCUGCCAUGAGAAUAAAUUUGUAUUGAUUAAUCAGAAUCUGACCUGGAAAGAAGCUCUGAGAUACUGCAGGAACGAUCAUUAUGACCUGGUCUCAGUGCUCACUCAGGAGAUGCAGCUCUGGGUGAAGGAAGUGGCUCGAAACGCCUCCACUGAACACGUGUGGCUCGGCCUGCGUCACACCUGCACUCUGGGCUUCUGGUACUGGGUGACUGGAGAGACGAUCUGCUACCAGGACUGGGCCCCGGGGAACGGGAACGGGUUCGAAAUCUGUACAAAUGAGGAGAGAACCGGAGCAGUUCAGUCUAGAGGAGAGCAGCAGUGGAUCAGCCUGCCUCAGAGCAACACACUCAACUUCAUCUGCUCUAACUAUGAAGGUUAG